AUGUUAUAUUGCAUCACUCUCCUUUUACUGAUUAAUUUAAAAGUAAUUAAAAUAUCUAACCAGAAAUUGAGUAAAAUCAAUAGGUUUUAUCACCUUUUGAUUAAAAUAUAGGUAAUAGAAAAAGAAAAAAAAAAAAAUUCCUAAAGUUACAGACAUAACAAACCCAAAAAAACUUAAAUCUAUUUUAAGAAUAAAAUAUUGAAACGAACUAAGAGAAAGUCGAAUCCAAUUAAAUACAAAUAAUUAAAUAAUAAUCAAGUUCUAAUAGUGUUGAAAAAAUAAAAACUCAAGCAUGCUCAUAAAGCUAGAUAAAAUAAGUUUUAGAUGAAGAGGAAAUUUAAUAAAUUAAUGUUUAUUUGUAACUUCCUAAAACAAAAAAAAUAGCCAUUUUUCAUUAAUUUUUUAGUAUUUUUUACAUUUUUGAUGACAACCUUCAACGUCCAUUAAGAUUCACUCUGCUUUACUUAAAAACAAUACACACAUUAGUUAUUUCAAUACUAUUUUAAGGUUAUAAUAUGCUCAUAUAGCAGGUACUAAUAGCAAUAAUUAAUAGCUCAUUGA